AUGGCUAUCGAGGAAGUCAACCCUGGAGGACUAUGGGCUAUCGAGGGAGUCAACCCUGGAGGAGUAAGGGCUAUCGAGGGAGUCAACCCUGGAGGACUAAGGGCUAUCGAGGCUAUCGAGGGGGUCAACCCUGGAGGACUAAGUGCUAUCGAGGGAGUGAACCAUAGAGGAGUAAGGGCUAUCGAGGGAGUGGACCUUGGAGGACUAAGGGCUAUAGAGGAAGUGAACCUUGGAGGAGUAAGGGCUAUCGAGGGAGUCAACCCUGGAGGACUAAGGGCUAUCGAGGGAGUAAACCCUGGAGGACUAAGGGCUAUCGAGGGAGUCAACCCUGGUGGAGUAAGGGCUAUCGAGGGAGUCAACCCUGGUGGAGUGUGGGCUAUCGAGGGAGUCAACCCUGGAGGACUAAGCGCUAUCGAGGGAGUCAACCCUGGAGGACUAAGUGCUAUCGAGAGAGGAAACCAUAGAGGAGUAAGGGCUAUCGAGGGAGAAAAGCUAAAGGCUAUGGAGGGUUGCGAUUGGGUGGGUGAGUGGGUUUAG